CCUAGGGUUUUCCUCCUCGCUAUUCAGAUUGCUUCUCUGCAAAUAAAUCUUCUCCUCCUCCUCCUCCUCCUCCUCCUUCGUGCAACCGCUGUAGCUCACCGACACUCACUCAUCUCAGGAUGUCAAUGGAGGAGGAUACAACUGUAAAGAAAGAGGAAGAGGAAUUCAAUACUGGUCCUCUAUCAGUUCUAAUGAUGAGUGUGAAGAAUAACACACAGGUGCUCAUCAACUGUAGGAACAACAAGAAGUUACUUGGUCGUGUCAGGGCCUUUGAUCGUCACUGCAACAUGGUUCUUGAGAAUGUGAGGGAGAUGUGGACUGAGGUACCGAAGACUGGUAAAGGCAAGAAAAAAGCACUUCCUGUGAACAAGGAUAGGUUCAUCAGUAAGAUGUUCCUCCGUGGGGAUUCUGUUAUAAUUGUUCUCAGGAAUCCAAAAUGAGAGAGGGACUUAUCUUUACUCUGUAGUAUCUUUUGAGAGAGUUUUGUAAGAAAGGCAAUUGAGAUUCCCGCUGAGAGCAAAUUUAUCUCUUUUCGAAAAGAUAUUUUUGUAUGCUAUUACUUCGUAGUUUUUAGCGUAUGAGGUUUCAUCUCACUUCCUAGCAAACUGGAGUGCUUCUCGUA